AUGAGACAACACUUAAUUGCAAUUCAGUAUUUGCUAAUCGUUUACAAUGUAUGUUGCCACUGGUGUAUGGCAACGCGAAUUAUCAGCAUUUAUGCAUUUCAAUUCCGUCAAAAUUUACCCAAAAGGGUCUAUAAGCACAUAGAACUUACAAUAGAUACGAAUCAACCCCCGGAAAUCACACUUAGAUACGAGGAACCAGAUAGUCUUGCACCAUAUAAAUCGGCACUAGAGAUCAAAAAUGAUUAUAAACCAGUAAGAGUAAAAUUAGCCGGGGCAGUAAAAAUCAAAAAAAUUGAAAAUUUUGGCCAUUUGGCCACGGUGGGUAUUGAUUAUGGGAGAAAUAAAAUUGGAGUGUUUACACCUAAAACCUCUGUCACGCUAUAUAAUGAUUGCGAUUUUUGGGAAAAACUAAAGGCCCUCUUACCGAAAGAGCCUUAUCAGAUAGUUGUGGGUUUACCUUACCAGCAAUAUAGCCCAAAUAUAGGCGCCCAAAACACGAGUGUCGAUUGUGCUGACAAAAACCACCUGUUUUAUCUUCCACAAAUACUAACUUGCAUCGACUUUGCAAGCACUCUGGUUACCAACCUGUACAAUUAUUACUGCGAAACUAGGGAUUUUCAGACUAAUGACCAGGGCCAAGGUGUGUGUUACAUCUGCAGAUGUCAAUUAUGUCUCAUUAAAGGUAAACACAAAUCAACCGCACAUCCAUCGGACAUAAUUUGCCCAGAAAAAUUUGAAAUAAUUGACACAACUAAAUUAUUAGUACCUCCAGUGUUCCUAUCAUCAGAAUCAUACAGUUCCACAAACUCGGACGUAUUUUCAAAAAACAUAUCAUAUGUCAAAAAAUUUCGGAGAAUGGAUAUCCAUGCCCGUAGCAGCUGUUUGAUAGCCCUUGGGUUUGAACAAAACCCGCAUAGUUCGUUCUACUCUCUGCCGUCAGGCAAUUCUUUGCCGCUGGAAACCGGACACAGGAGGUUGUAUUUGAAGGCGCUAACUAAAAUAGCAAAACGGAUGACAUUGUAA